AUGGACGAAUUUAAGCUUCCUCCUGCCAAAGCGCCUGCUGAUAGACAGAAAUUGAAGAUAGAUUAUGAGCCCCCGAUAUGGUCUGGAAUUCCUCCUCCAGGAGCCAAGCUCGAGAUCCUUAAAGGAGGUAAUAUUAUUAGAACAAUUCCACUAAAAGAUAAGCAAUAUUUCGUAUUUGGAAGGUUAGAAGGAUCUGUAGAUAUUCUGUGUGAGCAUGAGUCUAUAUCAAGAGCACACUGUAUUCUCCAGUUUAAGGAUACUGGAGAGGCAUAUCUAUAUGACCUUGGAUCCACUCAUGGGACAAAAGAGAAUAAAAUGUCUCUGCCUCCUAGAGAACACAUCAAACUUGAGCAUUCAAGUAUGUUCAAAUUAGGACAAUCUACUCGACUUUACAUCUACUCUUAUGAUAAGGAAGAAGAAGAAGAGGAGGAGGAAAAUGACCAACUGAUGCAAACAGAAUCUGAACAAUCCAAAACUAGGAAAGAGAGGAUGCUUAAAAAUUACGAAGAACACAAAAAGACUGAAGAAGAAUUGCAAAAUGCCAUCUCAAAGCAAAGAAGCGGAUGGAAUAAUUUUAAUGAUGAAGCUGAUGAAAAUCAAAAUAACACUUCCUCUCUCCUAUCAGAAGAAGAAAUUAAAAAGUAUGGGCUGAAGUUAGGCCAGCAGAUCAAUUAUUCUGCUCUUAAGGAGCAUAAGGGCCUGACUGAUCCCCAAAAAGCAGUGAUUAAGAAAGCAGAAUCCUCGAUCAAAAGGAUUGAAAAACUCACUAGAGAACUUGAUGGGAUCCAAGAUAAGCAAGCGAAGAUGCUUGAUCUUACAGAUGGCCAGCAACAGAGAUACUAUAAACUUGAGGAAGAGCUCGAUUCCCUCAGAGAAACUUUGGUAAAUCAGGAGGAAAACAUUCGUAACAUGAUUGUAAACGGGGAAGAAGAAGACAACUAUGAUGAGAUAAAAGCUCAAAGAAACUUCUACAAAGAGUGGGAAAAUCAAGAUUUUGAAGAUGAGUUCUAUGAUAGAUCCAAAUUCAAUAAAUUUAACAAGACUAAAAGAAACAAUAAGAUUACUCGUAAAGACAUUAAGGAAGGAGAUACCUAUGAGAAUGUUAAGCUCAGACUGGACAAGCACAUGGCUGAAAGAGACAGACUCAUGGCCAGGCUGAUAGAGAUUGAUUAUCAAGAAAAGCAAAGGAAAGCUCAGAAGCAAGAAGAAGAUGAGUUUGAAGCAUUUAUGAAUGCAAAUGAGAGUGAGAUAAAGAGUGAUGAAAAAGAGUUUUGCACUCAGAAGAUAAAUGAAGUCAAGGAUGAGAUAGAGAAAUGUAACCAAAUGUUAACACUAUUGAUGCCAAGUUCUUUUUCAACGGCACAAAAAGCUCAGCCUAUCAAGCCUAAAGUGCAGAAAGAUAAUCCUAAAGUAAAUAAGAAGCAAUCGAAAUCUUCUAAACAGAAUGAGAACAACGGUUUGUCUUCAGUUUUUCAAAAACUAUCUUCAAUGGCUAAAAAUAAAGAAAAAGAGUUAAAGCAAAAUAUAAAAGAGCCUAAGGAAGAAGAGAUUGCUUCAGUAUUAAGCACUCCUAGAUUUCCUCAAAAUUCAGAGGGUGAGAAGCAAGUAUCAAUGUCGGAUGUAGCGCCUGCUCCAGCACCAGUGCCAGAACCAGCUUCUACUCCAAACUCCUUUUUCUCCGAAAUUGUCUCUAAUAUCCAGCCAGUGACCUCUUCAGACUCCAUUGACACUAGCAAGUACUCUUCCUUCGUGCAGCAGUAUAACCAGUACCAUGAUUCCAAAGCUUAUACUGGUUCCAAGCCUGAUUCUAGUCAGAAACGGCAAAAGACAUCUGAGGAAGAAGAGAUUUCAAAAUAA